AUGGCUCCUCCACCCCCGGGGAAAGAUUUGGCUGACUACACCGCGAAUGCGGGGAAUGGCGGUCGCGCCGCCCAGCGGCGAGAGCAGAGGAACGAAAACGGGCCCAUGGCCGUGAUGGCGCCAGACGUCUACACGGCUGCCUUCAUCCUCAUUGUAGUCCUCCUCAAUCUGUACAGAGUAAGCCUCUCUACGCUUCUCAAUUUCUCAUCGAGCCAGAAUCGAUUUCACUUCUCUUGCAGCCAUCUCUGCACCUUAAAUCUUUCCCGUGUUUUCCCAGUACCCGAAGCAAAGCGUUGCAUAAUAUCCCAUCGCUGUCAACCUUCGUGUGUGUUCAGGCGUCUCUGUGUUGCUGCCGUUGCUGAACGCACCGUAAUAUACGUGUAUCUGGCUCUGCCAAAGAAUAUGGUUAUGUGCACAAGCCAAUUUGUGCACAUUGGUGUGUCUAGAGUGACUGUUGUUUCCCUAUUGCCAAGCUAUAUUCUCGACCAUUUCUCGUUCACCCAGUCAAGCUACGCCACGUGGCAGCAGAAGUACAUCUGGUGGGACGGCGCGUGGGGCGGCGCGGAGAGCGGCGCGCCGAUCUUCGUUUACUGCGGCAACGAGGGGCCGAUCCAAUGGUUCAUGGACAACGCGGGGUGGAUCCGCGAAAUUGCCGUCGAAUUCGGCGCGCUUGUCGUGGGACCCGAGCACCGGUACUACGGCGAGUCGAUGCCAUUCGGCACGGAAAAAGAGUCCUUCAGCAACGCGUCAACUCGCGCCUUCCUCACCACAGAGCAGGCCAUGGCGGACAUGGCAGUGUUCCUCACGGCGCUCAAGAAGAAUUUAUCCGCACACGACUCGCCCAUCAUCCUCUUCGGUGGUUCCUACGGCGGCAUGCUGGCAGCGUGGUUUCGCCUCAAGUACCCGCACAUUGCAGCAGGCGCCAUCGCAGCAUCAGCGCCCAUCCUUCAAUACGAGGACAUCGUGCCCAGUGACACCUUCUACCGCAUAGUGUCACGCGAUUUCAAGAUAGAGAGCGAGAGCUGUUUCGAGGCCAUCAAGAACAGCUGGGCGGCGAUCAGGGAGCAGGCAGCGGCUGAGGGAGGGCUCACCCGCCUCUCAGAGCAGUUCCGCCUGUGCAGCCCCCUGACUGACGCAGAUGAUUUGAUCGAGUGGUUGGAAACGGCAUACAUCUACAUGGCAAUGGUGGACUACCCCGUUCCAUCCGAUUUCCUCAUGCCUCUCCCCGCGCACCCCAUUCGAGAGCUCUGUCGGCGAGUUGACAGCCUGCCUGCAAGCGCCGGCCUUCUUGAUUGCAUUUAUACUGGAGUUGGAGUGUAUUACAACUACUCGGGCGCGGAGACGUGCUUCAGUGUGCGCGAUACCGACCCGCAUGACAUGAGCAACGGGUGGGACUUCCAGGCGUGCACGGAGCAUGUCAUGCCCAUGAGCAGCAACGCCAGCAACAGCAUCUUCGAACCCUUCGAGUGGAACCAGACGGCCUUUGAGGAGCACUGCUUGCAGCAGUAUGGCGUGGCCUCCAGACCCACCUGGGCCAUGACCCAGUUCGGUGGACGGUCCAUCCGUUCAGCCCUGCGUCACUUCGCCAGCAACAUUGUGUUCUCCCAGGGGGCUCUUGACCCCUGGAGUGGAGGCGGAGUGCUCGAAGACAUUUCAGGCACCCUAGUCAGCCUCACCAUUCCUGACGGCGCCCACCACCUGGACCUGCGUGCGUCAACCCCGGAAGAUCCCCCUUCGGUGCGGAAGCAGCGAAAGGAGGAGGAGAAGCACAUCAAGAAGUGGAUCAAGCAGUGGCACAAGGACAGGGAGGAGGAGAAGAAGCAAGGGAGGAAUGACCUUCGUUUUGGCUCGCUGUCUUCCUUCGAAGACGUCUCCUCGACCUCCCUCGCUCUCUUCAUCCUCUCUCUCGCCCUCCUCGCCACAUCUGUUGGUCUCUCCCUCUCUGCCAAGCGCCGGGCUUGCCUCAUCAGCACCAGCUACCCACCCGCAUUGCACCACCCACUCAUCGGGGGGAGACAGUAA